AUGACUGCGGCUACCCUGAAGAACAUUGCCGUUAUUGGAGGCACCGGCGACCUCGGGCAUGUCAUAGUCGACCAACUCGCUGCCGCCGGCAUCUUUAACCUUGUCGUCAUCACCCGGGGUUCCAACGCCAAGACCUUCCCCCCGGGAGUAAAGACUGUCGCAGCCGACUACGAAUCAUUGGACGACUUGACCGUUGCUUUCCGUGGGUUUGACGCCGUCGUCUGCGUCGUUCCAGGCCACCUCGAAGCCCUCCUCUUGCGCAUCCUUGAGGCUGCCAUCGCCGCCGAGGUAAAGCGCUUCAUUCCCUCGGAGUUCGGCUCCGACCAUCGGAAUCCGAGUGCGCGAUCUGUACCCCUCUCAGCUUCCAAGAUUCGAGUCGACGAGGCGCUCCAGAAGGCGGCUGAGGCAGGGCGAAUUGAGUAUACCAGCAUCCUCGGCGGGCCCUGGAUCGAAUGGAUCAUGACUUGCAACACCGGCAUGUGCCUCCCCAAACGCAAAUUCUACAUCCAUGAGGACGGCAACGUCCGAUUUGGGCUGAGCACGCGCAAGGCGUUUGGCAACGCGGUUGUGGGCGUGCUCAAACGACCCGACGCGACCAGGAACCAGAUCUUGACGAUCGAGGUGAUCAACCUGACGCAGAACCGGAUCAUAGAGCUAGUCAAGGAAGCUCUGCCCGAUAUAGACAUUGAAGUCAUCAAAGUCAGCACGAAGGAGCGCUACGAGCGGGGCGUGCAGAAGCUCCUCUCUGGGGUUUUCGACGCGUCCGUAAUCGAAGAUAUCGUCUUGCGAUUCGUCUAUGACCCAGAGCUCCAGCUCACUUUUGACACAAAUGCCACCAACGAACUGCUCGGGGUCCAGAGGAUGACCGAGGCGGAAUUCAAGGAGCUUGUCAAGACCUUGGCAUAA